AAAAGGUUUUUAAAUUUGUAACAAAGUCUAUUCCCCCCCCCCUCUAGACUUUGUAUCUCACCACUUCGGGACCACCAAUUGGUAUCAGAGCUUACUUCUCACUAUCUACUUUUAGAUUAACGAGAAGCGAUCAAUAUGGUGAACAAUAUGGAUCACGGUUUGCCCAAGUUUUCUCUUCUAGGUUAUGAUGAUUGGAAGAUCAUGAUGGAAGCACAUCUCUACGCUCUACAUGAUUGCAUGUGGAUGGUGCUUGAGGAUGGACCCUUGAAAAUCCAAAUGGAGAACCCUGAGAGGAAUCCAGCUGCUCCAGAUUUCAAAAAGAUGAUGAAAGACUUUGAGGAGAUAAAUCUCAAACACUCAUCCUUAACAGAAGAGAACAAACUAUUGAGUGAAGAGAAUCUCAAGUUGACUGAAAGUCGGAAAAGUCAACUGAAUGAGAUCACUCAACUCAAGACUGAAAAUGAAUCUCUCUCUGAAAAGGUGAAAUCCCUUAACAAAGAGCUAGGGAUACUCAAGUCCAAAGAAGCAGUGAGCAAGUUGCUUGAAACGACCAAACAUAAGGGUCGCAAAGGACUUGGUUUUGACCCCUCUUGUUCCAAAAGGAAAGGGAAGACAACUUUCAUCCCUCUUAAACCUACUGUCAAACCUAAUAAGCAGAAAGGGAAGGAAAAGGAGAAACCAACAGAAGUUCCCAAAAAGGAAGCCGCUAAGUACCCAGGUGUCUGGUACUUAGACAGUGGUUGCUCAAGACACAUGACGGGUGAUGCGAGCCUUUUGAGCAAUCUAAUUCCCUAUGAUGGUCCAAGAAUUACUUUUGGAGGAAGCAACGAUUUUGGCCUUACUAAAGGACUAGGAAAUCUUGUGUACAAGGGACUAACCAUCCAAGUUGUAUCUUAUGUUGAAGGGCUCAAUUACAACCUUCUUAGCACAAGUCAGUUUUGUGAUAAAGGUUACUCCUUGGAAUUCUGCAAGGACAUGGAAUCUCUCAAGAACAUCUCCACAAAUGAAGUCAUUCUCACUAGGAAGAGAAUCAGAAACAUCUAUGAAGUGAUAUGGAACGAUGUCAAGGAAGCAUGUCUAAUCAGCAAAGACAAGGAUGAAGAAGUCAAUGAAGGAGAUAGAAUGAAGCCCACGGAGUUCAUUCCAUUCAGAAGUCUGCCUCUGAAGACUACACAGAGAAAUCCGGAUUCAAACAGUGCUGAGCCCUCCGGAAAUCUUGGCCAGCCUUCCAAUAUUCCGGAUCUCUCAAACGGCGACAAUUCCGGAAAUGGCGACCCAGUGCCAAUCCAUCUGGAAACACCAACAACUUCUGUUCUUCAACUAGAAGCUGAACUAAAUCAACCAAUCAAUCCCAAUCAACACAAUCUUCGUUGGUUAAGGGAUCAUCCUCCUCAACAGAUCAUCGGAGAUAUUCAAUCUGGCGUUCGCAGAAGAACCCACUCAAAUUUUUCAUCGUCUUCUUCACGAGAAUCUUCUGAUAAAAUUCUCAAGAACCCUAAUCUUCUCACUCAAAUUUCCGAGAAAAUGAAGAUUGUUGGCGCUAAUAUCCAUUUCCAGAAGUUGGAAGCCAAGUGCUCCUCACCAACGUUCUAUCAAUCCUAUAUGGAGAUGAUUGCUGCUCAAGAGCUCUCCGAAUUUCUUCAUAUGGAGAUUCGAUUCAAGUAUGAGAACGAAGUUCUUGAAUUCUAUAAAAAUGGAAAGGUCAAGACUGUCAAAUCGAAGAAGGACCCACAAAGGACGAUUCAAGUCAUCAAUUCCACUGUUGGAGGGACAAAAGUGAAGCUUUCGCAGAAGAAAUUGGGAGAAAAGCUUCACUUUCCCAAUUCUGGAGUUGAAAUUGGGAGACUUCCAGCCAAGAAUCUGGAUUGGAGCAUUAUUGGAAUUUCUGGGCAAAAUCCAUCUGGCCCAGCGAAGAAAACUCAUCUGAACAAGGACUACAAGCUAGUCCUUGAACUUGUCAUUGCAUGCCUCGAAUGUGGAAGUGGAGGACAUGCUGAUGACAUCACCCAAGAGAGGGCCUUCAUCAUCAAUGCCCUCAUUACCAAGUCUAAGGUAAAUUGGGCUGCUCAUUUCUUCAAUUCCAUCUCAAAGCAUCUGGGAAAACCCAACCAGAAAUACCUUUGUCAAGGUCUGUACAUUGGACAUAUCUUGGAGUCCUUGGGUGCUGCUUCUGAAGGAAAGAAGUAUGAAGCCAGAUAUUGGCUGUACUAUCUGUCUUCCAAAGGGGAAAACAGAGCUGGUGCUAGCACAACUGCAGAGGAAAGUUCUUCAUACAAUGUCCUUAUCAUGAGUCUGAACAAAUCAGUAAAGAGGAAUCAAGUGGUGUCUCCCUCUCCCAGUGCUGAAGCACCACAGAAUCUUGCUCCAAUCAAUCUUGAAGAAGAAGAAGAAUUCUCUUACCAAGGAGAACUACAAAGGAAAAAGAAGAGGAAAAUCACCUCUCCCUCAACAUCUGGACAUGUCAAUCCGGAUGAGUUGAAGGAGAAGGAACCAACUGAGGAAACCUCUGCCCACAACUGGAGUUCUCAACAACUUGAAGAAGAAAUUCCUCAAAGCUUGGAAAGGAACUAUGAAGAUUUGCAUCUAGAACACUUGGUCACCUCACCAAUUUCAGAGUUUGAAGUGGAUGAUGAGGAUCCUGCAGUAUACAAACCAGUCCUCUCAAAAACCACAGAAGAUCAGGUGGUUCUCACUUCUGAAGCACAUGCUAACUUGGAAACAACAACUAAGGAUUUCCAAAUAUUUCUGGAAACCUCAUCUGCCCUUGAAACUGUUCCACCUGAAGCGGCAGUCUCUACUCCACAAAAACAGAACCAGGAAGGAUCAAAUGAAGAAUUCCAGCAACUUCUCCAUUCUGAAGCUUUAGAGAUUCUCACAAAUCCUACUGAAACUGAGAUCCCGGAGAAGUCAACAGAAAAUCUGGAGAUGUCCAAAACUCCAGAAACAAAUGAAGCUCAAGAAGAGCAAGCUGUAGAAGCCCAGAGAAGUUCUGCAGAAGCUGAGAAGGAAACUCAAAUGGCAGAACUGGAGGCCUCCAAAUCUCCUGUAGCCAUUUUUGAAGGACAGAAUGAAGCUGAAGAAAGAGACUCCCUCUCUCAGGAUAUAUCAAAUUUCACACUUGGGGAAGCAGAAGAAGAAUCUGAAAGGACCCUGAAGAUCAAUGAUGAAGAAGAUGUACAAGAUGAUGCUGAAUCUCUUCCUAUGCAACUCUUCAAAAGAACUCUCUCUUCUCAUCAGGUAACCAACUUCCAUUUUCAUAGCUCUUCCAUUCCUACUCUUCCGGAUGAGGUACCGGAAAUCUGGACAAAGAAGGUCCAAGGGCUGAUUGACUCAGCACUAGCAUCUCAACAUGCCUCCUUUAGGCAAGAGAUAGAGCAUAUGGAAGCCAAGCACAACAAACUGAUUGAGAAAUCCGAAGAAACACACUGCUCCAAUCUCAAGGAGAUAAGCAAAUCAGUGGAUAAAACUCUAGAGAUCUUAUCUCUAUUGAGUAACAUUGUGAGCAACACGAUGGAGAGAUAUGCAUCUGACAGUUAUCUUCAACUCAAGGAGGCUAACAACAUCAGAGAGCAAAUAGCAAAUGUCACAAUCAGUCUACAAAAACAAAUGUCCAUUCUCCAAAUGGACAUCAGAGCAGCUCUGGCAGUGUCUUCAGCAAAUCAAGUAGUAACCAAAGACUACUUGAAGGUAAUCAUUGACAAUCAGAAGGAAGCACACAAACUAUUCAGACUUCUUACCACAAAUUCUAGGAAUCGCAAGAUGGAUGUGGUUCUUGAACAACACAGUCCAUCCUUGAUUCUAGAGCUCCCCAUUGCAGUGAAAGAAGGAGAAGUCUCUUACAUUCCUACGCAUCUAAACUUGACUGAUCUAGUCCUUGAAGCUCAGAGAAGCAAUCCGGAAAACUCAACACAGCGCUUAUCCAGCUCCGGAUUGGAUGGAACAGAGGCUGUAGGAACAAUUGCUGCUCACUUCUCAAAUGAAAAUCAAACAGAGGAGAGACGGAAGCAUGCAAGGCAUCAGGGAGAUUGCCGAAUCUUCAAAGCACAAGAAGCACUGAAGGCUUUCUUCAUCAAAUCAGGGGGAAA